AUGUCGGGCCAAACUCUGACGGACCGCAUCGCCGCGGCGCAGUACAGCCUGACGGGAUCCGAAGUGGCCCGUGCUGUCUGCAAGGCGACCACUCACGAGGUGAUGGGACCCAAGAAAAAACAUCUGGAUUACUUGAUCCAGGCCACCCAGGAGUCCAACGUGAACAUCCCACAGAUGGCGGACACCCUUUUUGAGAGGGCGGGCAACGCCAGCUGGAUCGUGGUCUUCAAAGCCCUGGUCACCACGCAUCACCUGAUGGUCCACGGCAAUGAGAGAUUCAUCCAGUACCUCGCAUCCAGAAACACUCUUUUCAACCUCAGUAACUUUUUGGACAAAACUGGAUCACACGGCUAUGACAUGUCGACGUUUAUCAGACGCUAUAGCAGGUACCUGAAUGAGAAGGCAUUCGCAUACAGGCAGAUGGCUUUUGACUUUGGUCGAGUAAAGAAAGGGGCUGACGGCGUAAUGAGAACCAUGUCCACUGAUAAACUGUUGAAAGGAAUGCCCACACUACAGAGCCAAAUCGACGCGCUCCUGGAGUUUGACGUGCAUCCAAAAGACCUGGUCAACGGAGUCAUCACCGCUGCCUUCAUGUUGCUUUUCAAGGAUUUGAUCAAAUUAUAUGCUUGCUAUAAUGAUGGAAUUAUUAAUCUUUUAGAAAAAUUUUUCCAGAUGAAGAAAGGACAAUGCAAAGAUGCCCUGGAAAUCUAUAAAAGGUUUUUGACCCGAAUGACAAGAGUUUCAGAGUUCCUCAAAAUUGCAGAGCAAGUUGGCAUUGACAAGAAUGAUAUUCCAGAACUUACUCAGGCACCUGAGAGUCUGUUGGAGUCUCUUGAGACACACCUGAACACUCUGGAGGGGAAGAAGGGAGAUGAGUCACCGACAAAGAAGACCUCUCCCACUAAUAAUGGAACACCUGCCGGUACUCCUGCCAAGACUGCAGACAUUGCAGCUACCAUUGGGGCUGCCGCUGCCCCCGUGUCCACUCCAGAGCCUGCUAAAGCAGCACCUGUUCCUGCUGCCACCACUAACAGUGGCUUGUCCAAUGACCUGGUAGACUUUGACCUUUUGGCCCCAGGGACAGGAGCUUCAGCCGCGCCCACGUCAUGGGGAGAUCUCCUGGGUGGGGACUCCUUGGUCGCCCCGGCUGCCACCGCUGCUCCCUCCUCGGAGGCAGCGUUAGACUCCACAGCCCCUGCUGACGCUGCUCCUGCUGUUGCUGCUGUUGCUGGUGCCGGUGUUGCGGCUGCUCCACCUGCCGCUGCCGAGCCGGCGGCAGACUCCGCUGCAGCUCCAACCACCAUGCUACCCGCACCCACCUCCUCUGUCUCAGACAUGGAUUUGUUCGGAGAUGCUUUUGCGCCCUCCCCAGGCGAUGGUCCGGCUACUGAGGGCGGGGCUCCAAGAGCCGCACCCAUUCCUGCCGCUGAUGCAUGCGCUGGAUCUGACCCCUUCGCCCCGUCCGAAGGGAGUGCUGAAGUUGCCCCGGAGUUGGACCUGUUUGCCAUGAAGCCGUUAGAGAGCAGCAUUACCGCAGUAUCCCCCACUGGCGGCGAGCCGGCCGCCGCCGCCGCCCCCAGCGAGACCCCCGUGGCCCCCACCUCUCUCUCUACUGCCAUCACCACCAACACCACUACCGAAUCUGCAGCCGCCCCUACACUAGACAUCUUUGGUGAUAUGUUUGAUUCUAUGCCUGAGCAAAGUUCCUCCACAACAUCCAAAGCAGAUGCUACUCCUAGCAUAGACCUGUUUGGUGCAGAUCUACCCGCCGUCUCACGCGGGCCUUCUCCUCUGCCUGAGGCCAGUGUCACUGGUGACCUGUUGUCUGACUCUUUUGCUGCGCCGGUUCCAGCGGUCCCUGCUCCCACAUCUCCGCCUAAAGCCGACACUGGACCGAUGUUGGAUCUGCUUGACACCUUCGCUGACUCCACCGCCGACUCCCAGGCCGCCGCUCCGGGGGCCCCCGCGGCCGAUUUGCUGGGAGGGUUAAUUUCUCCAUCCCUGGCUCCUACCGUUACUCCAUCUCCAGCUCCGGUACCAGCCUCAGCCCAGGGCGACCUGUUGGAGUCGGGCUUUGAUGCUUUCGGAUCUACGCCCGCCCCUGCCACGCCGGUGGCGGUGCCGUUGACCGACACUACGGCAGUUGCCCCUGCAGCGCCCUCUGGUGGUUUUGAUGCCUCAGUGUUUGAUGGAUUAGAGGACCUCCUCAUGCCAACCAUAACCCCCCAGAGCACUGGGGGGACCCCCAUGGGGUUAGCGGGGACGCCAGCCUCCCCCGCUCCUACUCCGGCAAUGGCUCCGUCGCCCGCCAUGCCACCAGCCUUGGCACCGACAGCAGCUCCGCCCGUCAAACCUAUAGGCGGAGACUUGGACUCCUCUCUGGCUAACCUAGUCGGCAAUUUGGGCAUGGGCAGCCAAAAGAAAGACAUGCAGUGGAAUGAGAAGAAAUUGACAGGCGGGGCUAACUGGACCCCACAGGUAGCACCCACUAGUUGGGGUGCGCCUGGACCUCAGAUGCCUGGUGCAGUCCCGGGGGCCCCAGGAGCGCCUCCCACAGCUGGGGCUAUGCCCCCACCCAUGGGCGCACAACCUGGAUUUGGCAUGCCCCAGGCGGCUGGAGCUGGGGCUCCCAUGAUGCCUCAGCCAAUGAUGAUGGGCCAGCCCAUGAUGAGGCCACCGUUUGCAGGAGCGGCCGCUCCAGGAGCCCCGUUGUCUCCAGGGCCAGCGGCCCAGAGCCCCAAGAAGCCACCGACCAAGGAUCCCCUGGCAGACCUCAACAUCAAGGACUUCUUAUAA